AUGCCUUACAUCACCCACAAAAACGGGCAAAAGACGUACUAUAUCGACGAGGACUUCGCGAACCCCUGGGAACCCCACGAAACAAUCCUCAUCCAGCAUGGGUUCGCGCGACAUUCAGCAUUCUGGUAUACAUGGGUGCCCGUCCUGGCGAAGCAAUUCCGUGUCAUCAGACGAGAUGCGAGGGGGCACGGGUAUUCGAGCGUACCCGGGCAGGAUUAUCAAUACAAGAUCGACACCAUCCUCGACGAAAUCGUGGACACUCUUGAUCAGUUGGGACUGAAGAAAGUCCACUAUCUGGGCGAAUCGACGGGAGGCAUCUGGGGAGAGUUUCUCGCCGCUCGCAAUCCGGAACGCUUGCACUCGUUGACCAUCUGCUCUUCGCCGCUGUAUAUGCCCUCCGCGGCACAGGACAUGCUUGCCUUUGGCCACCAGAGCUGGCCGGUAGCGUGUCGACAACUUGGCUCUCGCGGUUGGGGUGAGGCAUUGAUUGGCGUCGUCGGCGCCGAUCAAAUGCCCGACAAGGAAUUCCUGGGAUGGUGGCUGAACCAGAUCGCCGUAGCCAAUGGCGAUGGACUCGGGGAUCACGCGGAACUGCUUUGCGACCCGGCCUUUGACGCCAGACGGAUUAUGCACGACAUCAAAGUGCCGAUGCUCAUGCUUACCCCCGCAGGAAGCAAGCUGGUCGACCUUGACGAGCAAAAGCAGCUGAAAGAAGCGGUCCCUGGGUGCCGGAUGGAGGUGAUCAAGGGUUUCGGGCACGAGAUUUACAUUGAUCAAGCCGAGCAGUGCCAGGAGAAAUUUCUCGCAUUCUUAAAGGCAUUGUCUAGCUAG